GAUUCUUGUAGUUGCAAUUUCUGCUGCUAAAAGUCGCAUUUUGUCAAAGUCACUGAGAGAAUGAACCAAACACCGGCUGACCGGAAUUUAUUUCUUAUUAAUACAAUAUGAAAAACGUUUGCAAUAAAAAACAAAGUAUUUAUAACUUGACCCUGAGUACCAUAAUGAUUUCGGUGGAUGUAAAUUUGCAAUAAAUGGCGUCCGGAUUGCAGACCAAGGACAACAUAUCAGUGAAGCCAGUGCAGGCUUCAUCUUCUUUCGAAGAUCGAGUUUGUAGUCUUGUUUACGAAAAAUAUCGAUGUUUAGGAAUCAAAGGAAAGCCUGUUGUUGGGCGAGAAUGGACAAUGCUUGCUGCAGUCGUUGCCUUCUUUGAAAAUGAUGACACGUUGAAGCUAGUAUCUCUCGGUACGGGCUCAAAGUGUUUGGGUGAGAAUCAACUCAGUUCAAAAGGAAAUCUUGUCCACGACAGCCAUGCAGAAGUUAUUGCUCGUCGAGGCUUUUUAAGGUACCUUUAUGAUGAACUGAAAAAUAUCUACACAUCAAAAGAAAGUAUUUUCAUUCGUGACAAAGAUGAUCCUAUGAAAUGUUCACUAAAGCAUUAUGUCAGUUUUCACUUGUUUUCUUCACAUACACCAUGUGGUGAUGCAUCCAUCUUUCCUAAAAGUGAGGAUGCCACGUUCAUUAUACCUCACAAGAAACGAAAAAAUACAACGAUAUUCUAUGAAAAACUCGUGUCCAAGUUAUGUCACCUGGACAAAGUGGAGGAAUGUAAAUCACAGGUUUCUGUUGAGCAAGCGGAUGAAAGUUCUCUCAGAGAAGAUUUUCGCAGUACUUUUGUUAAAAAUCAAGAGACUCAAAAGGCUCGCCCUGAUAUUUAUCGAACAGGAGCAAAAUGUGUUCCUGGUGAUCCACAGGAUUCCCGCUUGGCUGGUACUGAGUACCAUAAUGUUGGUCAGUUACGUACAAAACCCGGUCGUGGGGACAAAACCCUAUCGAUGUCUUGUAGUGACAAGAUCAUGAAAUGGUCAGUAUUAGGUUGUCAGGGAGCGUUGCUUUCAUAUUUUCUCGAUAAACCAGUUUACUUCUCGUCAAUCGUGCUCGGUAAGUGUCCUUACGAUGACGUUGCUAUGCAACGAGCACUCCACAAAAGGGCGUUGCUCGUUCACUCGCUCCCUCGGGGGUAUAGAGUGCUGGAAGCCAAAUUAUACCAAGGUCAGGUUGAAUUUGAACACAGCAAAAGACGAUUGGAGGAGAUUAUGCUUGAAAAUGAAGGUCAUGUUGGAAAACUAACACCAUCCUCAUCAGCCAUUAUUAUGGUUUGCAAUCCACGUAUUUACGAAAUAGCGGUAAACGGGUUGAAACAAGGAGUGACCAAAGCAAACAGAAAUUCACCAAACUCUAGAUUGAGCAUCUGUAAAGCAGAAAUAUUUAAUGAAUUCAAAAAGGUUCUCGAGCUUCGAGAAGUCAAUUCAAGUAUUGCCGCUGACAAGACCUGCAGGCAGUACAAGGACGAGGCCACUGCUUAUCAGGAAGCAAAGCGAAAAUUUCUUUCAAUUUUUGAUACGUGGAUGAAGAAACCACCAGAAUUAAGUAACUUUAUUUAAUUACCGAUCGAAAUGACUAUGAUCUUCAUCUCGUGGGAAAAAGUUUUCGAACUGAAAGCACAAUCAUCCACACAAGCCUUUGAUAUUUGUGAGGUAGGAUUUUUGAGAUUCUCUCCCGGAGUCUUCCUCGCGGAAGCACAAUUUCUCUCAAUUACUGGUCUUGCGUCUGGAAGCAAAAUUUUUCUUUGUCAAAAGUUCCGCUGUUUAAUUUCAAAGUCGAAAAGUCUUGUUGCAGUUCACAAUAAUGUUGAAAACAUUUGUUUUAAGAGGAAAAUAAAACAAAGAAGAAAAGUCCAAACUAUUUCGACCAUACUUUAAAAUUAUCUCGGUUAUAGCUCUCCCAUUAUUUUUAUGGCCGAGAAGUAAGUUUUGUCGCCAUUUUCCAUAGAAUAUUCAUAGUUUCUAAGGAAGAAGGAGGAGGAUUUCUUAGCUAUAUAUAAUUUUUUUGCAAAUGUUCCAUUGAAGAUUCAUCUAUUCACACCACUGUGAAGAAUUUGCAUCCAAAAUCAAGUAAAACGUAUUGAUUUUUGGUGUAAUUUAAUUUAAAAUAAUAAUAGCAAUAAUAAUAAAAGUAAUAAUUAAGUUACAUAAAUAGUCACGUUAAACGAAGAUAGUGAAGUUUUGUA